AUGGGAGAUGAUCAUGCGUCGGUCAAUGAACCAUUUGAUAUAAAGAAUAGUCAAAUGGAUUUUGAUAUCGAAAGGGUUGAAGUCGUGCAAUUUGGAACCAAAUUCAAUGUUAAACCAAUUGCAGUUUUUAAUGUUUACUUGGGUACACAAAUUGCAGCAUCACCAAAGACAGUUGAAGUUAAAUGUUUUAAAGGAUCAUGUUCUCAUCAUCUAGAAAAAGACGAAUUCUUGAAAGCCUGUGAAGAUGUAUACGAGGUAAAGAAUAAUUUCGAUUAUGAUUAUGAUUUGAUCCCUCCAACGUUUGAAAUCAAGAAAACAAUUGAUCUUCCAAGUGCCGGAACUUUUGCGAUUUUCCAAACCGCCAUUAUAUAUGGAUUCCGUUGGAGAGACCCUCAAACUUCAGAUUGGCGUUAUCUUUUGGAAGCUGUUUAUGCCAACGAUGUAUUUGCAGUACCUAUGGAUCACGUUCAAUACGAUACUGUUCCUUAUAAUCCAUUGUAUACAUAUUUCCUUAUAGAUGGUUUGUCAAGAUGGUCACAAACCAAAUAA